ACACGUGGAUCCACACGACGCGCCUCGAGCACACCCUGCGCACGCUGCUCGCCACGCGGCAAGGGCCGCUCUACUUGGGCAACACCCUCUGGUGCUCCUACUCGCUCCGCAACUUUCAGCCGUGCGGCUACGGCUUUGGGCCGCUCCAGGCGGCCGGCGCCAAAAAAGUCGAGUGCCCGCUGCUGCCGGGCGGGGGCGAUGCGGUGGGGCCGUACCCGUACGCGGCGGGCCUCUUUUGGGGGAUGAGCUACGACCUCGUCAAGUGGAUCGCCGGCUCGCGGCUCGUGUACGACUUUUGGCACAACGCGUCGGCGCGCUUCGAGCCGCCGUAUUGGGUCAAGGGGGAGGACUCCGCCUUUGGCUUCUUCGCGCACAUCGCGCCCUUCCCGGAGCUCACACCGCUCCACUGGGGGUGGGACAUCGUGCACGACGGGUGGGAGUUUCGCGACGACGCGGAGCGCGGGCUCUGCACGAGCUCGGUCAGCGCGAAGUCGCUCGUGGUGCACUCGAUGCACUCGCGCAUGGACUUUGAGCUUGUGCGCGCGCAGUUCCGCGAGCGCUGCAACGCCACGUGUGAACAAACAGCGCUGCCGUUCGCGGUCGAUGGGCUGCGGGAUCUAUGCGGCCGCAAUGGGAACAUCCCGAAGGCCUACGCCAAGUGCGCAAACGCGGGGCACAAGGCCAUAGACGGCCCACCCAAUGACGUGCGGGUGCCGGCGUCGCGGCCGCGCCGCACCUGCAAUAAUAAAGUUCGUGAGAAGAACGUGCCCUUCAUUGCAAGCAGAGAAGAAGGCGGCACGAUCGAGUGCGUGGCCGAGCAGGCAAAGUCGAUUUUCGCGUGAAGCGUGGCGCUCGUACCGUGUGUGUGAGGCUGAGCUGUGUUUUCACAUGCACGACGUUGAUUCUC